CCCACCCCGCGGCGGCUCCGCGCCCGGCGAACAUGGCGGCGGCGACGGUCGGGCGGGACACUUUACCUGAGCACUGGUCCUACGGGGUGUGCCGGGACGGCCGUGUCUUCUUCAUCAAUGACCAGCUCCGCCGCACGACUUGGCUGCACCCGCGCACCGGGGAGCCCGUCAACUCGGGCCACAUGAUCCGCUCAGACCUGCCCCGCGGCUGGGAGGAGGGCUUCACGGAGGAGGGCGCCAGCUACUUCAUCGAUGGAAGAUUGUACAGCAUGUUUUGUUUUGAUGGGAAUGAUCCCAUGGAGAGGGAGAAGUCGAUGCUGCAGGAAAGAGAGUGGGCAGUUGCUGGAGCAGUGUUUUUAAGAAGCCAUAACCAGCAGACCACAGCAUUCAGGCAUCCUGUGACGGGGCAGUUUUCUCCGGAAAACAGUGAAUUCAUUCUUCAAGAAGAGCCAAAUCCACAUAUGUCGAAGCAAGAGAGAAACCAAAGACCGUCCAGCAUGGUCAGUGAAACAUCCACGGCUGGGACCGCCUCCACCCUGGAGGCCAAGCCUGGACCCAAGAUCAUAAAGUCCAGCAAUAAAAUCCACAGCUUUGGGAAGAGAGACCAGGCCAUUCGGAGGAACCCCAAUGUUCCCGUGGUGGUGAGGGGCUGGCUGCACAAGCAGGACAGUUCUGGGAUGAGGCUGUGGAAAAGGAGGUGGUUUGUGCUUGCUGAUUACUGCUUAUUUUACUAUAAAGAUAGCCGAGAAGAAGCGGUCCUCGGGAGCAUCCCCUUGCCCAGCUACGUGAUCUCGCCUGUGGCCCCUGAGGAUCGCAUAAGCCGCAAAUACUCCUUUAAGGCUGUGCACACAGGGAUGCGAGCGCUCAUCUAUAACAGCUCCACGGCGGGCUCUCAGGCCGAGCAGUCGGGCAUGAGGACCUACUACUUCAGUGCCGACACCCAGGAGGACAUGAAUGCUUGGGUCAGGGCCAUGAACCAGGCUGCACAGGUGCUGUCUCGAUCAUCACUGAAGAGGGAUAUGGAGAAGGUGGAGCGGCAGGCUGUCCCCCAGGCCAACCACACAGAGUCCUGUCACGAAUGUGGCCGGGUGGGACCCGGACAUACGAGAGAUUGUUCUCAUCGUGGCCAUGAUGACACUGUCAACUUCGAGAGGCAGGAGCAGGAGGGAGAGCAGUACCGUUCCCAGAGGGACCCGCUGGAGGGCAAGCGGGACCGGAGCAAGGCCAGGUCUCCAUACUCGCCGGCUGAGGAGGAUGCCUUGUUUAUGGAUUUACCCAGUGGCCCAAGAGGCCAGCAGGCACAGCCCCAACGGGCAGAGAAGAAUGGAAUGUUGCCUGCCUCAUAUGGCCCAGGAGAACAGAAUGGGACUGGCGGGUACCAGCGGGCCUUUCCUCCCAGGACCAACCCUGAAAAACACAGCCAAAGGAAGAGCAAUCUGGCCCAGGUGGAGCACUGGGCAAGGGCCCAGAAGGGGGACAGCAGGAGUCUUCCCUUGGACCAGACGCUUCCUCGCCAGGGUCCUGGCCAAUCCCUGUCCUUCCCAGAAAACUACCAGACUCUUCCCAGGAGCACCCGACACCCCUCGGGGGGCUCCUCGCCACCUCCCCGAAACCUGCCAAGUGACUACAAGUACGCGCAGGACCGAGCCAGCCACCUGAAGAUGUCGAGUGAAGAGCGCCGGGCGCACCGGGAUGGCACCGUGUGGCAGCUCUAUGAGUGGCAGCAGCGCCAGCAGUUCCGGCACGGCAGCCCCACGGCACCUAUCUGCCUCGGCUCCCCAGAGUUCACUGACCAGGGCCGGAGCAGGAGCAUGCUAGAGGUGCCCCGCUCCAUCUCUGUGCCUCCAUCUCCCUCGGACAUCCCUCCCCCGGGACCCCCAAGGGUCUUCCCACCCCGGCGGCCACACACACCAGCAGAACGAGUCACAGUGAAGCCACCGGACCAGAGGAGGAGUGUGGACAUCUCACUGGGGGAUUCUCCAAGGAAGGCACGGGGCCACGCUGUCAAGAACUCGUCUCACGUGGACCGACGCUCCAUGCCCUCCAUGGGUUACAUGACCCACACCGUCAGUGCUCCCAGUUUACAUGGAAAAUCGGCUGAUGACACCUACCUCCAGCUGAAGAAAGACCUGGAGUACCUGGAUCUAAAGAUUAAAAAUAAUGAACCUUUGAUCAACGUGCUUUACAAAGUGCUGAAGAAGUCAGCACGGGGCUGUCGGCCCAGGAGAAGCAUGACAGGCCGGGACCUUCUCAAGGAUCGAAGUCUGAAGCCUGUGAAGAUCGCUGAGAGCGACAUUGACGUCAAACUGAGCAUCUUCUGCGAACAGGACAGGAUCCUCCAGGACUUGGAAGACAAGAUACGAGCCCUUAAAGAGAACAAAGAUCAGCUAGAAUCUGUGCUGGAGGUGUUGCACAGACAGAUGGAACAGUACCGAGACCAGCCCCAGCACUUGGAGAAGAUUGCCUACCAGCAGAAGUUGCUGCAGGAGGACCUCGUCCAUAUCCGAGCUGAGCUCUCCAGAGAGUCCACUGAGAUGGAAAAUGCUUGGAACGAAUACCUGAAGUUGGAGAAUGAUGUGGAACAGCUGAAGCAGACCCUGCAGGAGCAACACAGAAGAGCCUUUUUUUUCCAGGAGAAAUCGCAGAUACAGAAAGAUCUAUGGAGAAUUGAAGAUGUCACUGCAGGCCUGAGUGCAAAUAAAGAGAACUUCAGAAUUCUAGUGGAGUCCGUCAAAAAUCCGGAGAGAAAAACGGUGCCUUUGUUUCCUCACCCGCCUGUGCCUUCACUCUCAACUUCUGAGAGCAAGCCGCCCCCACAGCCCAGUCCUCCCACCAGCCCUGUGCGGACCCCUCUGGAGGUUCGACUCUUCCCCCAGCUGCAAACCUACGUGCCGUACCGACCUCACCCACCCCAGCUGAGGAAAGUGACAUCCCCCCUUCAGUCACCAACUAAGACGAAGCCCAAAGUUCAGGAAGAUGAAGCCCCUCCCAGGCCCCCACUCCCCGAACUCUACAGCCCAGAGGACCAGCCCCCAGCCGUGCCGCCUCUGCCGAGAGAGGCCACCAUCAUCCGGCACACGUCUGUGCGGGGCCUCAAGCGGCAGUCAGAUGAGAGGAAGCGAGACCGGGAGCUGGGGCAGUGUGUGAACGGGGACUCCAGGGUGGAGCUGCGGUCGUAUGUCAGUGAGCCUGAGCUGGCGACCCUCAGCGGGGACAUGGCCCAGCCCUCCCUGGGACUUGUGGGCCCUGAGAGCAGGUACCAGACGCUGCCAGGCAGAGGGCUGUCAGGGUCCAUGUCAAGGCUCCAGCAGUCGUCCACCAUUGCUCCCUACGUCACACUCCGGAGGGGUCUCAAUGCCGAAAGCAGCAAGGCGACCUUCCCUAGACCCAAGAGUGCCUUGGAGCGCCUGUACUCAGGGGAUCACCAGCGGGGCAAGAUGAGUGCGGAGGAGCAGCUGGAGCGCAUGAAGCGACACCAGAAGGCCCUGGUCCGAGAGCGCAAAAGGACACUGGGCCAAGGGGAGAGGAUGGGCCUGCCCUCAUCUCGCUACCUCAGCCGGCCACUCCCUGGAGAUCUUGGCUCAUGGAAGCGUGAGCAGGACUUUGACCUGCAGUUGCUGGAACGGGUCGUGCAAGGGGAAAAAAAGGACAAGGAGGAGAAUGGCUGGUUGAAAGUGCAGGCCAUGCCUGUCACUGAGUUGGACCUGGAGCCUCAAGACUAUGACUUGGACAUCAGCAGAGAGUUGUCCAAACCAGAGAAGGUGUCAAUCCCUGAGCGCUACGUGGAGCUAGAUCCCGAAGAGCCACCUAGCCUUGAGGAGCUGCAAGCGCGUUACCGCAAAGCCGAGAAGAUCCGCAACAUCCUCGCCCGGUCAAGCAUGUGCAACCUGCAGCCGACCUCAGGCCAGGACCGGAACAGUGUGGCUGACCUGGACUUGCAGCUGCAGGAGCAGGAGCGCAUCAUCAACAUCUCCUAUGCCCUGGCCUCCGAGGCCUCCCAGCGUAGCAAGCAGGUGGCAGCCCAGGCAGUGACUGACCCGUGACUCAGCACACGAAGGAGAAGCCUGGAGCCAGGGGCCCAGUGGAACCAGCUUCCUCCAAGGAGAAGACCUUUCUGCCCCCAAGGAAACCACUUCCAGCUGAGCAGGGAAUCUGGCUGGAGGAAGGAGCAGCUUACUGACUACAGGUGUUCACCACAGACCAGGUCCUAAUAUGCACCCACUGGUUUAGCUCAGACUCCUCUCUACAUAUGAAUGGCAAAGGCACUUUUGAUACACACUGUAAAAUACACUGUAUUUUAGAAUCGGAAUCUAUUUUCUAAUGUUCACCUCAAGGGCUGAGUGGCAGGAAGGGUGAGGAUGCAGGACUUUGCAGCUGCACAUACAGAUUCGGGUACUUUGGGUGACAGGUGUUGGGGGGUGAGAAGGGCGGGGCAAGCAGAGGCUAGUCCAGCUUCCAAUGACCUUAGGAGAAAGUGAGAUUUGAAGAGGUGUUCCCAGUAGACUCCAGCAAGAGGCUGGUUGGCGUGCUGUCUGGGAGUAGAGGGAACCUUGGCUGCAGAGAUCAGCUGUCCCUGACCUGAUGACCCGCUCUAUGUGAAACUCCACCAGGAUCGCACAUGGAGCCCAAGUCUGUGCCUUGCCCCUUGGGUUUGGCUUAGGGGCAACAGUGUGUUCAAGAGUACUGGGGCCCACAGGCUUCCCUCAGCAAAGGGCUCUUGUCAGAAAGAAAAAAGCAGUUUGCUUUCUCUCUCUUUUUUUUUUUUUUUUUUUUGAGACAGAGUUUCACUCUUGUUGCCUGGGCUGGAGUGCAGUGGCGCUAUCUCGGUUCAUCGCAACCUCUGCCUCCCGGGUUCAAGCGAUUCUCCUGCCUCAGCCUCCUGAGUAGCUGGGUUCUUACAGGCAUGUGCCACCACACCCAGCUAAUUUUGUAUUUUUAGUAGAGACGAGGUUUCUCCAUGUUGGUCAGGCUGGUCUUGAACUCCCGACCUCAGGUUAUCCACCCGCCUCGGCCUCCCAAAGUGUUGGGAUUACAGGUGUGGGCCACCACGCCUGGCCUGCUUUCAUUUUUAACAGUACACAUUGAAGUACAGAAAAUGUGAGAGGAAGCAACUUUCAUUGUAUUAUAGCAAUAAACUCCAUACUGGGUGACAUCUACCUAGAAAUCCCUUCCCUCCAACCAGGCCAUGAUGGGAACCUUUGCGGCCUGCCCUUGGAGAAUCCCGGGUUGGCUUCCCUGGGACUCAGGUCUGGUGGCAGGAGGGCAGCAGUGUGCCCCCACCAUCCCUCAUGGCCAUAAUGGCAGGACUUUGAUUUGACUUCCAGCCCCACAUGAGGAGGGGGGCUACCAAGCCAGGUGCAGUGUUUGUGGCCCUUUAUUUAAGUUGUGUUCUUAUAUUAUUCUGCAUAUAAAAAAUGACGUUUAAAUGGAAAUACAACAACAACAAAAACCUCCAUUGGGUGGAGCCACACUUUAAAUGAAAAUUUCUCUUUGACUAUGCUCAGAAAAAAAAAUAGAAUUUUGAAUAUAUUUAGCAGUUGUUGUCUAUUUUUAACUAACUCCAUAUGCUGCCAGUAUCGACUUCAUGACAUUUGCCAAAAUAAAAUUUUAUUUUUGCCUUUGUAAGAUUUUCUUGGAGAAAAUGAAAUGAAUAUUUUGCAAGAAAAAGUUAAUUUAAAAAUGUAAUGGUUUGCAAAAAAAUGUGAUGUACAGAUUAAAAUAUUAACCUGAUA